GUUAUCAUGUAGUAGAGGUUAUCGAGAAGAGCUGCAAGACUAUGAAGGUUGGCAUGGAAAGUAUUGCUCAACCCUCAGAAAGCACCUUCUUUUAAAAAAAGCAUAUGACCAAGAAGGGCCUCAACCAAAGCAAGGACCUCCAUUACCCCUAGAAGUCUGGAAGCUAGUUUUUACGUAUCUACACCCAACAUGGAUGACACUGACUACACAGGAUCUCAUGCAUCUCGAAAAAUAUAGCCUGCUUACGUGUUUACUUAGUGUCCACCAAAACUUUGAAGGUAUAGUUAAUAUGCAGUCACACCUACACGCUGCUGAAUUAGUAAUGGUCAGAGC